AUGCAGUUCUCCAUCAUCAUCGCUGCCUUCGCCGCCGCCGCCUCGGCCCAGUACACCUACUCCAACGGCACCUCCGCCACCGGCACUGCUGCUCCCUCCGGAACUGCCUCUGCCUCCGGCUCUGCUGCCCCCUCCAGCACCGCUCCUUUCGAGGGUGCUGGCAUCGCUAACGGCCCUGCCAUGGCUGUCCUCCUCGGUGCUGGUGCCGCUGCUUUGAUGAUCUAA